CCCGUAUCAGCGCUUCGCUGCCCAUUAUAAAUGCCCUCUCCCCUCCCCGCCCCCUUCUGCUAUCCACACAUCACCCGCCCUCCAUCCGCCAUGCAGCAGCCCACACUCACCAAUAUCCGCAUACGCUCCACCCGCGACGCCCUCCAGAUAUUCUACGCCGUCGCCCGCAACAUCCUCCCCAUGACCACCCGCAGGCUUGAUGCGGAGGAGCGCAGAGCCAUCACUUCGGGAUGCGUUUACAUUUGGGAAGAGCGCUGUGCGAACUCCGAGGCCACCGGCAUGGGCAUGGAACGAUGGACGGACGGCAUGGGCUGGGGACCGAGUCGUGUUCGAGACGAAUUUUUGUUCUACCACCAACGUGAAAAUGAAGUACAUGAAGACCCCAACAACCCCUCAGCGCGAUGGGCGAACAUGAUGAGACGAGAUACCCGCAGCAAUCUCCCCUUCUCCCGGCAGGACGCCGAACGUCUCAUCAAGCAGACAUACAGUGUGCACGUCUCCCUCCCGGAAGACCGACCUCGCGGCAUCACUCGCAAAUGGCACCUGACCGCAUAUUUCAGCCAGACGACCCUAGAUAGCCUCGGCACAAUAGAAUCCAUCCCCGGCGUCGGUGAUGUACAGGUUCCAGAAGGCUGGUUCAAGAGCGCACGCGCGAGCAAGAUCAACAAGCGCACCGACCCGAUGCCUGAGGACAUCGGUGCCGCCACACACGAGCCAUGGGGCGUUAACAUGUCUCCGGCUGGGACCCAUCCCUCCAUGCAACCCUAUGGACCUGACCUUCCGAAGUGGGCGAAUGCGUCGCCACAGCCCUCUCACGCUCCACACCCCUCGUCGGGCGCAUAUAUCUCCUCGCAGAACCCAUAUCCGACGCCUCGAAGCUCAUAUGAGUCCGUCGAGUACACAGCCCGACCGCUCUCUUCGCAUCAGCCUCAGAACCAGUACCCUCCUUCGACAGCGGCGACCCCCUCUUAUCCGCCCCCUCCACCAGGCCAGUUACCGACGCUCCAUGAUUCCGGCCUGGCCAUGUAUCGCGAUCCUUCUCCAUAUACCCAAUCCUCCUCCUCCUCUUCGGACCCUGGGACCUCUCCUCGGACGUUCUCGUCGCCACUCACCCCACCCUCGAAUGCCUCGCUGCCCCUCUCGAUCAAGAACGAGAAGAGCGCCGCUCCGAACGUACCGAAGCUGGUCCCACUUUCCUAUCUGCAAGGCCUGCAGUCGCAAGGGCGUCAGCCGCGGGACCCAAUGGACACCUUCUACCUACAGCGACUCUCGACGCAGGAGAUGAAGGAGUCCAAUCGCCAUUCAUGGGCGAGCUCUGUUUCGUACGACAGAUUCGGCGAGGACGAGGCGAAGCCGGCACUCGUCAGCUCGCGGUGGUGAUAAGACAGGUCGCAAUCUCAUGCCUGCCCAUUGCCUUCCGUGCUUCAAAAGGGGGUGUACAUUUCACCAUUCCAGUCUCCGGUUCCAUGAGUUUGUCUGGCCGUUGCAUGGGCUUCUCGGUGAUUGGCGUCCUCUCUGGACCUCAUGAUCAGCCUUGACCGUGGACGGCGAAGAUAGUCACGGCGCCAGGAGGCGAUCUGGGCCCAGGCCUCCAACGUGGAACCGGCAUCUUGAUCACGACAUCCAUCUGGACCUGCGUCAGUGCCAGCGUUCAUGUCCACGCCCUCCCCUCUACCCCGGGUCCGCUUCGCUUCGCUGUGUCAGUGCAGAUGGCGGCACGCUGCAGCGAUGUAUGCCCUCGUCACGUCCAUCAGACCAUUCAUCAUUCGCAGCCCCGCCUCUCGGCCGCGAGGCCACCCCAUCUCAAAUCCAUCUGGGUUCGCACCCACAUCCGCACUGCUUCUUGGGCAUCCCUGGCGUCUCUUUUGAUGUCGAUGGCGUCGUUCGAUGAUGCCCGCCCGCUCUGUUGGAGAUCCAGACAUCCGUAUGGACACAGGGACGUGUAGUUGUUGACCGUGUCAUCGCCCCCUCGCGUACCGGCUUUUUCCCCCAUCAGCUCGUCUUGCAUCAUGACGCAUGCCCGUACGCCCCUUCACGCCCCGAUUGUACGACCUCGUUGAAGAUAUACAAACGACGUUCCGCUCCGGACUAUACCCCAAAACAAUCAUUGAUUCCCACUCAUCUUGCGUUCUGUGGUCCGUGUUCCGUACUCCAUGUCGCCUCGUGUUAUUCGGUUCUUGUUGUGCUUUGAUCUCUUGUGGUUCUAAUUGUCUCAGUGUGUCUCUGCUUCUCUCGCAUCGCAUCGACCGCCCAUUCCACACGCAUACAACCACUGUCUACGGGGAGCCGUCUAUUUCCAGGGCUCUGUUCUCGUCGCAAUCUCUCCAUACUAUCAGUCCGCAGACCGCUGCUUCCCGCUAUCAAUAUGGAUGCCCUCUCCCUUGCUGAGCAACGUUUCCUGCGCUAUCCGGAUAUCGUAUGUAAUAUAGACCCUGUACGCCUACAAUACCUCGCCCAUCUCCUACGAAGCACUGCGCUUGGGCAUGUAUUCC